UUUAACCCAAACUUUACCUGAUCCACCUGUCUUGAUGAACCAAAAGGCACAACGAGCACAACACGAAAACCGCCGUGUGAGUGGUACAACGAGGGGUCGCGAUGGCGAGGAACCGACAGGAUCCACCUAUUACUAUCAAUCCAGUUAUCACAACAACAAAGCAUCCCCUUCUGUGCGUCCUCUGUUAGCCAACUAUUUCCAUUCCAGACCCAGCUAGAGGUUUCGUUAGGUCAUUCAAGUUGGUGAAUCGAAAAUCGAAUCGACUGGCCCUAAAGGCGUAGCGGUCGAGGCGUCUUCCACUCUGGAUACCCCUGGGUGGUGAACGUGCAAUGGGACCAGAUUCUGGAGUUUAGAUUAUCUAUCUGAAAAUGCCUCCUCAUCAGCAACGUGAUAGCAGUCCCUGCAGCGUGACGAAGAAACCUGAGAAAUGGCCAACCAAUCCGAGGGACCGAAGCCCCCUUUGUCGAACGCCGCCUCCCCCCACUAUGAACGAGAUUGAGGCUGCUUUCACAGAAAGUGCUGUUGCUGUUGCAGCAGUGGAACGCGAAAGCAGAGCACAAACUCCUCGGAGAAAAGGCCACAAUUUGCGUCCUGAAGCUACUUCUGCGACUGGCGCCUCUACUCAAGGAGUGCCAUUGCCGCCCUCUGGGUAUGUGCCGUUUAUGGGGUAUAUGGACGAGCAAGGAAUUAUUCACGCCGACAAAUCACAAGAUAGUUCCAAAGGUGCUGAAGGCGAUGAAAAAUCCAUUAGUGGGUCCUCCACACCGAACAAAAUGAGUAAGGACGAAAGGAACGAGAAACCUAUUAGCGUGGAAGAUGUUCUGCAAGCAUCGCUGCAGUUUGAUAGAUCUCAUCCGGAAAGGCGCUUCUCUUCCAGUCUGGACCAUUUCUACUCCUCCUCCACACGACAAUUAUACCCCAGUCUGGAAGAUGUAGGAAACCCACCGGAUGGAGUGCAGCCAAUGCGCACGCAAUCGCAAGAUUCUCAGAGACAAGAUUCUGUGCGAACCACGUGCGAUGAUGUUUUGGCUAGCGCAACGAGCAACUAUGUAGCAGCUGCUGCUGCCGCUGCCGCCGCUUGUUUGGUACCAGAACCACCCGGCCAAGAGGAAUUCGCAAUACCAGCCGAGGCAUACAGAGCAAACGACAAUAAUCAUGACGACGAAGACGACGUCAAGAUUGGGCCUGCCAGUGCGGAAAGAAACAGCCCCCCGCCGACUUAUGCUGUAGCCUCCGUAGAUCAUUCAAUGUCAUAUGCUUCAGCAGAAGCCACAGUUUUGGGGACAAGUGAGACUCCAGAGGAAGCGCUCCUGGCGAAGCUUGCUGCUGAAGACGAAGAGCUGCUUGCUCUAAAGAGAUCCGCGUAUGCGGGAGGUGGGGGCGGCUUCGAUGACAGAGCAGCCCUUCAGCACCCUUCCUACGCUGCUGAUCAACAGGCAACAGUAGUAGCCAUCACGGAACAUGACGUACAUCCCUCGGAUAUCUCUGCUGUCCGGGCUGAACUAAUCGGAGAAGAAUACAACAGCGUUCCCGCCUAUUCUUCCACUCCUGCAGCGGCCUCUGCAGCGUACGCGUCACCGCAGGGUGUAGCAUCUUUCAACGCCACUGCAGCAUCAAGCUAUGAGAGCGGUGUUGCAGUUGCUUCUCAUGUGGCGUCUGCGACAUCGGAGACACACGCAGUAAUGGCAGUGGAAGAACCCGGCUACGCCGUGGUAGAUAGCGAAGCGCGAGUGCUUGGCAGCGGAGAUGGAUGGAAUGCUAGCCUGCCGGGAGAAGCCACGGUGAUGAAUGAAGAUUCGUAUGUUCCUUAUGAAGAGAGAAAAUUACCGGCCGUCGCUACGCGGCAAGAUCAGUUCACCGAGGUUCAUAGCGCUCCAGCUGUCGCGGUGGCUCAGGGGGGUGCUGCUGUGGCGCAGAGUGAGGCCACAUUUGACGUCCUGUACAGUGAGCCAGGGGCGGCAUAUGCCCAGAAUGGAUCAGGGGUCGCAGUGGCUCAGAGUGAAGCAGGAUUUGCUGUGGCACAGGGUGAACCAGGGGUCGCAGUGGCUCAAAGUGAAGCUGAUUAUGCUGUGGCUCACAAUGAACCAGAAGUUGCUUUCGCCCAGAGCAAUGCUGCUUAUGCUGUGGCGCAGAGCGAACCAGGCGUUGCUUUCGCCCAGAGCAAUGCGGCCUAUGCUGUGGCUCAGGGUGAACCCAGUGUUGCGGUCGCCCAGAGUGAUGCGGCUUAUGCUGUGGCUCACAGUGAACCAGAAGUUGCUGUCGCCCAGAGCGAUGCUGGUUAUGCUGUGGCGCAGAGCGAACCAGGUGUUGCUUUCGCUCAGAGCGAUGCUGCUUAUGCCGUCGCUCACAGUGAACCAGGUGUUGCUUUUGCCCAGAGCGAUGCUGCCUAUGCUGUUACUCAAGGUGAAUCCAGUGUUGCUGUCACUCAGGGCGAUGGUGCUUAUGCUGUGGCUCAGAGCGAACCAGGUGUUGCUUUUGCUCAGAGCGAUGGUGCCUAUGCUGUGGCUCACAGUGAACCAGGAGUUUCUGUUGCACAGAGUGAUGCUGCCUAUGCUGUUGCUCAAGGUGAAUCCGGUGUUGCUGUCACUCAGGGCGAUGCUGCUUACGCUGUAGCUCAAGGAGAACUAGGCGCUGCAGUUGCUCAGAGCGAUGCUGCUUAUGCUGUAGCUCAAGGAGAACUAGGUGCUGCAGUUGCUCAGAGCGAUGCUGCUUAUGCUGUAGCUCAAGGAGAACUAGGUGCUGCAGUUGCUCAGAGCGAACCUGGUGUUGCUGUGGCUCACAGUGAGGCUGCUUACGCUGUAGCCGAGGACCAAGCGGAGGUUCUAGGCAUAUCUGAUGCACAGUAUUAUUCGCAUGACACUUUCGGGACCUCCAACGGGGUUGCGUACGGUGACGAACAAGCUGAAGUUGUUGAAAUAGCCGAGGAGUACCAUCCUGCUGAAAUUUCAGGCAAUGAGGCACAGGCUGAGCUUGUGGGAGUGGAGGCUGGUGCGGCCGCCGUGGCUGUGCUUGAUGGCAACAGUGCCGAGGGACCGGCUGGUGGGAUCCAGGCCGCAACCGUCGUAGGCUAUGAAGACGCAGACGGCGUUGUUAGCUCCCCUGGGGUUUCUCGUGCUAGCAGUUGUGGUCUGCCAACACCAGAGCGCAUCACACCGACGACUGCACGUGCGUUCAGCGCACCAUCAGCAGUGGGUACACGGAUAGAUCCGGUUGGUACUCCGCUCACUCAGGCUACCGCCGAAUUAGACACAGUUGUUGAAGAGGAUUGGAUGAGGACGCCGUCCUUCAGAGGCGACCCAUCUGAACAGCCCGUCUUUGUGAUGCAACCACCAGUGGACGGCGACGCACAGACCCCGGCUGUUGCAGUAACUUCGCUUGAUGCUUACGCGAGUGCUCCAGCCCCAUUUUAUGAUGAUACCGAUUGUCGGUCUCCCCUUGUCAACUCACAACCGGCAGUGGCCGUCGAGUCAAUCAGUGCGUAUUCCAGUGCUCCAGCUCCAGAGUUCGAUGAAACCGAUUGCCGCUUUGUCAACCGACAACCUGUCGAACCAACAAUAUCUUUGAGCGAGAACGAAUCAAGCCAGAUACCCGAGCCUGAAAUGCCUGCUCCAAGAUCCUUCCAUUCAACGGGUGCGGCAAGCGACGCAGGAAGUGUUGGUUCGACAGCAUCAAUGUCAACUUCGACAACUCGAGGUGGAUUUCAGAAGAUUUCAAUCAGUUUGGCUCGUGGUAUGGAAAUGCUGUUUGGUGACUCGAAGCCGACAAAUGGUAAAAGAGGUCAGGACUCCAACACUGUUUCGCUUGCUAAGUCGGUGUUGCCAAGAGAGCUGCUGCCAUGGUCCGUUAUUCACAGCGAAGCCACGAACAUGUGGGUUGCCACCGUCAACACCAAUCAAAAGGCACUUGACAGCAAGAACGUUAUUGAAGCAUCCAAAUCUUUGAGGGCCUUCUCAGUAUUGACUGAGCAACAAGCAACGUGCCUGGCAAAGGCAUGGUCUCCACCCCGUAUGCAUGCAUUCAACAAGAACCCUGCCUGCCAUAUAUGUAAGGCCAAGUUCGCUGUCUUCAGGAGAGCUUGCCACUGUCGCAAUUGCGGGGUAGCUGUUUGCUCGAGUUCCAGUUGCUCUAGACCCUGGCCGGCCAAGAUGUGCCCAGAGACGUAUAACAUCAAGAAGGAAUCCUUUCUGAAUGUGUGUGCUGCUUGUGACUUUUUAUGCACAUCCUUCCGCCUGGCACUGUUAGAAGGUGAUCGAGACAAGGCCAUAGCCCUACACGCAACAGGCAACAUAAAUGUGGUGACCCCAUUUGCAAAUGUGAAGGGUGAACUCUUUUAUCCGGUUCAUUGUGCGGCACUUGGAGGAAAUCUUGAGUUGCUGAAGUGGCUCGUCGAUGAGAAUUGCUGCCCCAUCAAGUCUGUCAGAGUUAGUGGACGGUGCCGUGACUCAUCAAACAGCUUCACUGAGAUUGCCACGUCAAAGGGCCGCUCGCUGCUUGGAAUCGCACUGGAGAACAGAAAUGUCGGCAUUGUGAGGUACCUUGUCGUCGACAAAGGAAUCCAGUUAUCAGGGGAAAAGGACAUUACAAUGGAUACGCUUUGUCGAAAUCUUGACCUUGUGCUUCGGCUGCUUCCAGAGGAAGUGGCAACUGGAAACAGUGCAUCUGGCGCAGACGUUCCGAUCCCCUCUAUUCAUCAUGAAGUUUUGACCGAUGAGCAAGCCCCUUGUCAUGAUGACAACUUGAGAGGGCUGGAUGCUGCUUCCGACGGAUCUGUCAGCGAUGCAUGCAUCAUCUGUUUUGAUCACAGCAUAGAUUGUGUAGCAACACCCUGUGGACAUCAAGUAUGUUGCUUGGAGUGCUCUACGAAUAUCACACGAUGUCCUGUGUGCGCGGUUGGAUGCUCAUUUAUGAGAGUGUUUAGGCCUUAACGGACUACACAGCUUUUUACUUUUCACAGUUUUGUAAACUAGUUCUAAAUUCUUAGCCAAACUCUCUAGCCAGCAAAAUUUCGUGCUCGGCUAGCUGCUCGUAGCUGCGGUGGUUCUACUUCUGUGGUGGCCAGAAAACUUCAAAGUGUGGAUGGUGAUGAGUAGCUGGGUUUCCUUGGCAUGUGUGCUGUCCGAGCGCCAAACUGGGCACACGCUCCACAAAGAAUGGAAUGAAUAUAAAUGGAUGGGAGCAAGAACGGCUGUCUUGUCUCUCUGGUUUCUCGUCCGUCUUGGCUUUAGCAUUUGAUUAUUCGCAGAACAGUGCAUUUCUUCUUGCAAAAUGGACACACAGCAAGCCUUCCACCGCACUCGGCACAGCAAAGCUGGUGUCCGCAAGGCUGCAAAACGCAGUCCAUUCCUCGUUCACAACAAAGAGUGCACUUAACACAAGUAAGUAGUAGGAGUUGAGAUUUGAUUCAAUUUCGCGGAAGGAGCAAAGGAACCAAAAGUGAGUGG